GCCUAGUUUGUUCAACUCUCCCGCCAACGGCCCAUGGAAUGUACGAGCAGCACCAUCAUAAUAUAAGGACCGGCCCCAAGUUUGCUACAGGCGCUGGCCCAUGGCACAGAGGUCGUUCAUCGGACACAGAUACAGAAAGGGAAUUUGGCUCCCGUUCUCGUACUCGUUCUGAGCGAGGUCAUAUGAAUGGCAGAUCUCACAGUCCAAAUGCAACAGAAGACGUAGCCCGUAGCGCAGCUGCACUCGAAGGUUCACUGGAUUCGGCUCCUCCAAUCUCCUAUUGGUCUGCCAAACGACACUCAUCUUGCGGCAAUCCUACUCCUGCUCCUCCAUGGUCAGCGAAACCCAUAUCAUGGCGUCACACAUCCUCACUUCCAACAAAAUUGAAAACCGCAAAUGCCGCUUUGGUUCUCUGCUUGAAUAUCGAUGUCGACCCUCCAGAUGUCGUGAAGACAUCUCCGUGCGCGGUGCUCGAAUGCUGGGUCGAUCCACGCUCUAUGCCAUCAAUCAAAGCACUCGAGCACAUCGGUGCCAAUUUGAAAUCUCAAUUCGAAAACCUCAGUCAGAAAAUCCAGUACAAGCCGAUCUUGGAUCCGUCAUUUGAAGACUUGCGCAAGGCUUGCCAGCAGCUACGAAAGCAGGCCAAAGAUGACGCUGUCCUUUUUCAUUACAAUGGACAUGGGGUGCCCAAGCCUACUUCAAGCGGAGAGCUGUGGUGUUUCAAUCGGACCUACACUCAGUACUUGCCGGUCUCAUUGCAGGAAAUACAAAACUGGCUGGGCUCUCCGGGAGUGUACAUCUGGGAUUGUUCUGCGGCUGGCCAUCUUUUACAUAACUUCAACGAAUUCGCUAAAAGGCGAGAUGAAGAUAUCAAACGUAAACAUGGCGGACAGUUUCCUGAAGGGAUGCUUCCUUUCGCGCAGAGCCUACAACUUGCAGCUUGUGAAGCUCAUGAAACUCUACCUACAUGUCCUGACCUUCCAGCUGAUAUGUUUACUUCAUGUUUAACCUCCCCCAUUGACAUUGCGAUUCGGCAUCAUAUGUUGACGAAUAAAAUCGAUCUCAAUAUCGACGGAGCCGCUCACAUGCCUGGCAACUUGAAGGAUCGCCGCACACCUCUGGGAGAACUUAAUUGGAUCUUCACUGCCAUUACAGACACCAUCGCAUGGACCACCUUUACCCCAGAAAUGUUCGCUCGGUUAUACAGAAGCGACUUGCUCAUCGCCUCACUAUUCCGAAACUUUCUCCUUGCAGAACGGCUGAUGAAAGGCUACAACUGUACUCCUCACACAUCUCCUCCUUUACCCUCUACAAAUACUCAUCCGUUAUGGGCUACAUGGGAUCUUGCCCUGGAUUCUUGCAUCAGACAACUUCCCGAUUUACUCGCUGCUAAUGAAGCCCAGCAGAAUUAUGACGGCCAAAAGUCUCCUCCGUACCAAUAUAUCCCUAAUAGCUUUUUUGCCGACCAGUUGACUGCGUUCGAAGUGUGGAUAUCAAGGGGGGGUUCCGCACUUACUCGUAGGGGCCCUCUGGCACUCCCUUCUGGCACCGAGUAUGAAGUCGCUCUGACAGCCGCACAAACUACACCUCUUUCUCCCAAUCUCGCUGCUUCCUGGAGUUCUACUCCCCACCUUGUGCCCCGAAAGCCCCCUACACAACUUCCAAUUGUUCUCCAAGUCCUUCUCUCUCAGCCACAUCGACUGAGAGCUCUUAUCCUGCUUUCUCAGUUUGUCGACCUUGGCCCAUGGGCUGUCAAUCUCGUCCUUACAGUGGGAAUCUUCCCGUAUAUUUCCAAGCUUUUGCAAGCUCCCGGGCCUGAUUUGAGACCUGUACUGAUAUUUAUAUGGGCACGUAUUUUAGCUGUAGACCCAAGCAUACAGGUUGACCUAUACAACAACGCGCAAGGGUAUAAAUACUUUUCCAAAAUCCUCACCAUGCAUCCGUCUACAUCUGGACGCGACGUCGUGCAGACAUUACCAAAUACCUCUGAACAUCUCGCGAUGUGCACCUUUAUUCUCGCAUCGCUUGCUCGUGACUUUUCAAAAGGUCAACAAGCAUGUUGGGAGGAAAAUGUUUUUGAUGCUUGCUUCAAUUUGCUUGACGAGGCAGACUUUCUUCUGAGGCAGUGGAGCUGUCUCUGCAUAGCUCAGAUGUGGUGUGGUUCUGAACAAGGGAAGAUGCUCGGUGUCACAAGAGGAACACAGGAUAAGCUGGUCAAUCUGAUGUCCGAUGAUUCAGCAGAAGUAAGAUGCGCUGCGCUCUACGCCCUGGGCACCUUCAUGGGUUCUAGCGGUUCCAAGGUGGAGACUGAGGGGACUAAAGGAGGUGGAGGUUCUGGCGGAAUGUAUGAUCGUGACGAACGAACACAUUUUCGGAUGGAAGUUGCUGUAGUCACGGGUGCAACCCUCGUCGUCCGGGAGGAUGCCAGUCCCAUGUGUCGGAAAGAGCUAGUGGUCCUAGUAAGUUGUCUUGUAAAGGAAUGGCGGGGGUAUUUUGUGGUGUGUGCCUGGAUUUAUUGGGAGGAAGAAAGGAAGCGUCGGCAUGCUACAGUUUAUCCUUACGUUUCUGCCAAUGCGGAUGAGGUAUCUGAGCAAGCCGUCCGAGAAUGGCUUGACUCCAUACCAGACGCUGGUUUACGCGAGGAAUCUCGAGUUCUGCUUUCGUCGUUCUACACCAUAUUCGUUGUGCUGUUGGACCUCUCUGUAGACCCUUACAACGAAGUUGCAACACAAGCACAGACAGUGGUGGAUUAUAUAAUGGCCUUGUUAUUGGAGUCCCCUUUCACCAAACUCGAUGAGGCAAGUCUAGGGAGCCCUCCACUAGCACCCAUCAACUACAUCAACCCAAAUCACCCAGAUUCCCGACCCGAAAAUCGUGACGCACGAUCUCGUAUAAGUUCUGGUUCUCAACAAUCAUCUCCGUCACUCUCUUAUCCUGCUCACCCUGUUAUUGCACCCCCCUCCCCUAGUGCCAGCUCUAUCCGAAGCGAUGCUCCUCCUGUCCGGCCGAGUCUGUCACGCGCGGACACCAUGACGAGCACAAUAUCCAAUACUGUCACUAGUACCGUAAAGCGAACGUCGUCAAUCGCUAACGCUCUAAAGAAUUUAGCUGGAGGGAUUAACUUCCCUCCUAUGGAAGACACACGGACUGCAUCGCCCACACCAUCCGUGUACAACUUUCACCUCAACGGCACUUCACAUCAUCUCAAUGGUGACGCGCUAGAGCAGAUGGAGGCUUCACGACCUCCCUCGCCAACAUUUAACGUAGCACAAUAUGCUUCGCCGUAUUCCAGACCUGUCACUCCUACUCAAAGUGACGCAGUGUAUUCACCAUAUCCAUCCUCAUCUUCACGUUCUCCGUCCUUGCAAGAAUUCACGCAACAGGUGCAUGAUUUCCGUCCCUCAGAUGUCAUGGAGGCUUUGAUGGAGGAAGACAUGGAGCGUCUGCGUGCGCGAAAGAGGCUAAAAAGAGGGAUGAAUGGUUAUACUCAGCAGUAUCACAAUAAUGGGUACGGUACAGUGCCAAGUCCGAGUAAUAGUACAUUCUCUGUCGAUUCUGCGGGCAGCAGCGUCAUUUUGGGCCUGGGGACGGGUAUGGGUAUUCGUGAUGUUUUGCCUUUAAAGAGCACGUUUUUCGAUUGGUGCUCAGAGUACUUUACCGAGCCUCAGAUGAGGCAAGCGGAGGCAGACGAACCUGGAAGUAUCCAAUACAACUAUCAGAUUUGGAGGCAGCAGCGCAAUGAACAAGUCGAUAACGAGACUCGGUCACAGGCGGAGGUUGCUUCGGAUCGUCGUUGGGAUAGGACAGUCGCACAUUUCCAUGGACUACCCCAUCCACUCAAUCUGGCUUUUCAUUCCUAUGACCAGCACCUGGUAGCGUCAAACGAUACUGAUAUCAUAACUGUUUGGGACUGGACUCGUAAUAAGCGCUUACGAUCGUUCCGGAACGGUAAUCCCAAAGGAACCAGCAUAACGUCUCUCCAUAUCAUUAACCAAAACGUAGGUGGAAUCAUCACCACAGGCUCAGCUGAUGGUGUGGUUCGCCUGUAUCGCAAUUACGAUCCUCUGCUAGAUCCUGGUCCAGUUCAAAUGGUCAGCUCGUUCAGAGGGUUAAACGAAAUUGUGCCCAUGCGUCACGGUUCUGGUGUUGUCAUGGACUGGAAGCAGUCUGCGGGUAUCUUGUUAGUAGGCGGAGAUUCGAAGGCGAUCAAGACCUGGGACGCUCAAACUGAGAUACAGGGAUUGGAUAUGGAUACCGCAUCUGAUGCUCCUGUGACUUCCAUUGCAUCAGAUCCUGGUUCUUCGCAAAUUUUCGUUGCAGGAUUCGGAGAUGGUUGGAUCAAGGUAUUCGAUCGUCGCUUUGAAGAGGAUGAGGCCAUCGUACAGACACAUCGGGGUCACAAUGCAUGGGUUCAAAACGUCAAGCCUCAUCCUACUAUGAUUUACCAGUUCCUGUCUGCUAGCGUGGAGGGUGAAGUUAAGUUAUGGGACCUACGUGGCCGAAGCGACCAGGCUGUGACGACGUGGAACCUUAUGCAAGACGUUGGUCUUUCCGCCUUUGAUGUUCAUGCUACUGCAGAGGUCGUUGCUGGAUCCUCGGCUAUAACUAAUAACAGAUAUCGCUCCCAACGGCUUUGUUUCCAAUCAUUAGCGCCUGGGCAUAACGAGCCUUUAUCGCAAUAUAAUGUGGCUUCUGGGCUCAUUACCGCUCCAAUCAAGAUUAACCCUUCGCCAUACAUUCCGCGUGCCACCUCCUUUGUUUUUCACCCUACGGAGAUGCUGUGUGGUGUUGGAGAAGGCGAUGGUACCAUUCGGAUUAUCGGUUGCAAUUUUGCUUGAGAUUCAAACUCAGCUACUAGUACGCGAGGGACACUGUCACUGUAACUAAUCGUCGAUACUUAUCUACAAUAAUUUGUAUACAUACUCUGCUUCUCUGUAAUCCAUGAGUUCAAACCAGAAGUCGAAGACCAGGGCCUAGAACAUCGUCUUCGUCGGG